GCUCCCUUUCCCACAACAAGCAACCAUCAAAAUUAAGUCUUAGCUGAAAUUUCAUUCUCAUAAAAAAGCUAACUUUAUUUCUGGUCCAUUAUUCCACCUUCUCUCUUCACACUCUCUCUCUCUUUCUCUCUUUCUCUUUCCAUGGCUAAUGAAAAUCAUGAUCCAUUCUAUCAUCACAACAACAACCACCACCAUGAUGAUGAUGAACUCAAUCACUCUAACUUUUCAUUCUCACAAAACUUUCAAGGAUUUGAGCAUCCUUCUACUCAUACUACAACUUUCACUGACUACUUACAUGGUUCCAUGGACUAUAACACUCUCUCUAAAGCCUUUGACUUGUCUUGUUCAUCAUCUGAAGUGGCUUCUUCCAUUAAUGAUAAUAACAUGAAGAAAUCUAGUGCUGGAGAUUCUGAAUCAUCUUCAUCUAAUGAAGCUGAAGCUGUCAUAGAACAAGACUCAACCAAAAGUGAGAAGAAAGAUAAGCAACCUAAAUUAUUAGGGCCUGAAGAUGGAGAUGAAAAUUCUAAGAAAGAGAAGGUUAAAAAGAAAGAGAAAAAACCAAAAGAACCAAGGUUUGCAUUCUUGACUAAAAGUGAGAUUGAUCAUCUUGAAGAUGGAUAUAGAUGGAGAAAAUAUGGACAAAAAGCAGUCAAGAAUAGUCCAUACCCAAGGAGCUAUUAUAGAUGCACAAGUCAAAAGUGUAUAGUGAAGAAAAGAGUGGAAAGAUCAUACCAAGAUCCAUCAAUUGUGAUGACAACAUAUGAAGGACAACACAACCAUCAUUGCCCAGCAACACUUAGAGGCAAUGCAGCUUCCAACAUCUUUUCUUCACCAUCUCUCUUUAGUUCCAACUCAAUUGGAUUUGAACAAAGAAUACACCAAGAUUUCCUUGCUCAGUUUCUUCCAAGUUAUAGCCAAAGUAGUAAUCAUCAAAUGUUCCACCAAAAUCUUCCUCUACCAUCUCAUCAUCAACAACAACAACAGCAACAACAACAUCAGCAGCAACAACAUCAACAACAGCAACAUCAACAACAUCAGCAGUUUCAACUCCAUCACGAUAAUGGUUUGUUGCAAGAUCUACUACUACCAUCAUCAUUUCCGGGAAAACAAGAGCAAUGAUGAUCAAACUUAUAUAGUAAAGUAAUUAAUUUAUAAUCUGAUGUCAAUUAACAAUAUACUCCAUAAAGUCUCUAUGUACUAUGUAGUAAAUAGUACUAGUAGCUUCCCUUAACUUGUUCCAUAUAUGUACCUAGCUAGAUUUGUAUGCAAAUCAGAACAUUAUUUAAGAAUUAUUAAUUACUGCAGAAGAUGUUGCACUUGGGUCUCAUAUGGUGGACCUUGAACUAACCUAUCCAUAUUAAGAUAAAGUGUUAAAGAACAUAUAUGUGAUGUAGAUGAAAGGUUGGUUGGAUAUUUUGUUUUGAACAAAAACCGUGUAAUUGGGGCUUUAAGUUUCUAGCAUGUGUCUACGUGUGUAACAACAAUACAUACUUCUGGUUGGAUUUGUGGAUGCAUAUAUACCUAACUUUUCAAGC